AUGCCUGGAGCAGCUGUAUCUCCUACUGUGAGAUGGGACCUGGUGAGGCAUCCUGCUUCCCUUCACCAUACCUCGCUGCCUCCUGCCUGUGGGGGUCUGGGGAGAAGUUUCCUGAUAGACGACCUACUGAGGGAUGAGGAGCAGCCUGCUGUGCAGUUUGUGUCUGCGGCGGGCAACACUUGGCCAGCAGUCACUUUGUAUCCGGCAGCGGAACAAAUCAGCCAUUUGGGAGCUACAUAUCCUGUAACAUGGGCUGUUCAUAUGGAGAUUGACAAGUCAAGUGUUUCAAAAUACGUAUUUCUCCAACCCCUGCCAUUCUACCCAGCUUGCUGUGGUGGGUCCUGUCAGCACCCUGCCUCCCCCACUGCUUUUCCAAGAGAUAGAAGAGAAAUUCCUCUGUUACCAAAAGAAUCAAACUCCAAGACAAGACGAGUGAUCCUAAGACGAGCAGUCUUUUCUGAUGAUCAGAGGAAAGCGCUUGAGAAGAUGUUUCAAAAACAAAAGUACAUAAGCAAAGCUGACAGAAAGAAACUUGCUGUUAACCUUAUGUUAAAGGAAUCUCAGGUUAAAAUCUGGUUCCAGAACAGAAGAAUGAAAUGGAGAAACUCAAAAGAAAAGGAAGUUCUUUCAAAUCGCUGUUUAAAAGAAGGAUAUUUAGAACAGACAUUACCACAGAUACCUCCUAGCACCCCUAUUUGUUGUAGUGGAAAUGAUUCAUCUGACACGACGCACACCAACAGGAGAAAGGAGACGGCAUCAAGCAAAGCCAAUACAUUAGCACAGCCAUUCACAUUUCACUGCAUGGAACAAUCCGCUACAGACUUAAAUUGUCAUGGAGGCAAAGUGCAACUGCUGAAUAGGAAGAAUGUUUAGUUGCUUAAUGUGUAGAGCUAAGCAUACCUAAGGAUCCCAUGUUUCUGAAAUAGAAAAAAGGGAUAACAACAAUUGCAUGGGUUCCUUCCAACCAAUUAAUCUGGUUAUAACCAGAAACCACAUUAUUGGAAUAUUUACAUUCCAAAUUCAAGGGUGCAGAGAGGGAAGGGGGUGCAGUUAUAGAUUACGGAGUGCAGGGGUGUUGUAACAAUGCCCCCCGUGCUCAUGACACUGCUUCAAGACAGAAGAGCACACCAUUGGUAGGUACUUGACAAGAAGACAUAGCCACACACCCCUCCAGAGACUACACCCCCAGCAAGCAGGCAUACUGAAAGUCUUGGUGCCUUGUCAACGUUACAUUUGUUCAAUGGUAAAAAUAAAAUAAAAAUUGAAGCACAAUUGAAUCCUAAUUGUGGCACAAUGGGCAAAAACCCAAACUGACAUCCAUAACUUGUA